GUAUUCUCUCGGCCCAGAAAAAACAAACCCAUUUUCCACGAGCCAAUUACCAUCGAGAUAUUCUUCUACCGUUUCCCAUCUUUCGCACUUAUAUCCAUUGUAACCGAACUCCAACAUUUUUCACGAACUUCGUUGGAAUGAUAUGACCCCCUCGCCUUCAACGGGGUGAAAUCGUUAACCACCGACGGGUCACAUCGGCCGAAAGGGUGGUUACAUCGUUUGAUGUGGUUAUCGUUAAUUGGAAACAUGCAUUUGCAUUGUUCAACUGCAGAGCAUGGGUGGUGAAAAUUAAUGUGUAGUAUUUCAUUUAAUUGCGUAUAUAUAUGGAAACGUGAUUCGAGUCGAUGACGAAAGCUUGAUUUUCCAGUCCCCUGAAAUUGACGUCCUACAGACCGGUGGAGACGAAGGAAAAAGAAGAGAAAGGUAAAGGGGAAAUCAGGGAUUUAACAUUCCGGAAACGGAUAUCGGCAGAUUUCAAUUAAAAUCUCUAUGCAGCGACGAACAACAUUCGGCAAAUGACUGCAGCGCGUGAUGGAAAUUAAUUAAAUCAAGGAGUCGAGUGGAAAAGCGAGUAAAUAGAAACCAAAACGUCGAAGGUCGGGGGCGUGACGAUUUUAAUAACCGCGGCGUGACCCGAACCCUCACUUACUCGUUGACCCCUGACCUAUAUCUGGUUAGAAAACCGAGAUACGUGUAACGAAAAUUUUAAUCCCACGAAUAUUUUCGUCAUUAAGAUAUCGUUAUUUCUCAGAAUGGGAGAAAUAUCAGGAGGAUAUAUAUAAUCCAUUAGUCCAAUUAUUGUGAGAGCAUCGGUACAUGACGUAAUGUAAGAAAUUAGUUCCUCGAAGAAUCUGGAGUAUUUUACUUCCUCUCUUGGCCAAGUUUAGCUCUGUUCGCUGCUCAUUCUAUCAUUGAUUGGUUGCUCCGGAUUAAUAAAAUAAAAAUAGAAAGAAAAGCUACCGGACAACAGGAAAGAAGCCUGUUAUUUAAUGAAUGAAACCUCCGAGUUCUAUCCGAAGAGCGGAUAAGAUUUCUCAUCAGAUGUGUGAAAUCUUCGUCAAGUUGAAUAGGAAUAUGGAUUACAGGGAUAUGAAACAAAAAAGAAUUCCAAAUUAACGAAAUUCCAAUGCCAAACGGACGAUGAUGAAAUCACAUCCGGAUAAUGUGUACUUAAAAAUCGUCUCGAAUCGAAGGUUUUAAUUAUAGAACCUGUCGGACGAAUACCCCGCUGUGUUGGAUUGAAUUAGUUUAUAGGAUAGUUCAGACGGUGCAGUGACGUCGAAAAUUUGCAUAACAGUAUCAUGAGACUGGUGAGUUAACGAACUUUGCGUGACUCACACGGAAUCCCAUGGCAAUGUUUGUUUGAUGAAGCAAAAAAAAAAAUUGAAAAGAAAAAGAAAAAAAAGUGCAAUCGCGUCGGAACUAAAGAGACUUUAACGAGAAAGCGUAAAUAGUUAAAGUGAAACGAAUCAUCGGCUAACGAUGGUAUAUUCUGCAAAUUUCACUCCAGACGCAAUGGUCACGUCAUUACGGUCGUCGUCGCUGCUGCCGCUCUGAGCUUUAUCCAGAUAUAUAUCACGAGUUAGCCAUCGUAAACGAGAAUUGAUGAACGGUCUUUGAGAAAAGAAAGUAUAGUAAAAAGUCGAAAAAAAAAAUCUCGUGCAUCGAACCGCAGAGGCGUAACCAACGAAAAAAGAAAAAAAAUAGAGGUGCUACCGUGACUCGUGUUAGGGUACGAUUUACUCUUCGAAAAGUAAAAAAAAAAAACCUAAAGCACCGCACGUCUACGCCGAGUAAUUUUUAAUGAAACGUGCGUAUUUUUGUGGGGGUAGAAAAAUUGCAAAUCCGCACCCUCGAUUUUCUAAUAUAUCGACGAACAUGAUGCGGUGAAAAACUCGGUAGGGUAUUUCCGGGAACAGAAGAUGCCGAAUCAAUUUCCUUUCUAUUAAAAAAAAAGUGCAACAGGCCGCAUCAUGUAUGAAAAAUAACGGGUAUAUGUUGCAAGGUAAAUAUAAGCCCACACGGCGGCGGUGGGCGGUGUUGCACACCAGAGGAAGCUGCUCGUAAAUUUCAACGUUUAACAAGGAUGAGCAUCUGCGCCGUCCGCCAACACGUUGAUCUAUACCACUGCCAGCGAGUGCCUCUCUACCGACGCGUACCGAUCCCUACCCACGUUAUACUUCUAUGUAUGUAUGUAUAAUCUUCACCUGCGAUUCCCUGCGCGCAAUCGUCCGAGAGAAAUAACGAGGCUGUAAACUAUAUGGGAACGCGAACGCACCGAGUUCUUUUUUAACGGUCGUAGAUGGGCCAAAGCGAAUCUGAUCGCGUAAAAAGGAAACGAACGUUUCGAAGCGAGAUCGAAUUGGUCGUUCGACGGAUCAUUCUUCCACUUCGAAAUUGCUAAUGUUGAAGUUUUCGGGGGAAAUUAUCGAACGUCGAUUUAUUUCGAGGCUGGGGGGACGAGGCUUGGAUGAAAAUGCGUGCACGGGUAUGCCCACCCUGUUUGGAACCGUAGGGAUAUUUUUCCAUCCGUAAAAAACAGACCGCUCUAUUUAAUCAUAGCAUAUACAUGGUUUGGACACCAAACCAGUACUCGAGGCCGGGCUUUUUUUUGGGGUUAGAGAAGCGGUAAAUUGGUCGUAUUUGCCUACCGUUGUGUCCCAGAGUGCACGUCUAGUUUAUGGGAAAUCAUUUAUCGGUUCAUGUUUGAGCAGGAAAAUUUCACACAGUCCUUCGUUCACGCGACAAAAAUCGCUGGGGUCAUUGUCCUUUAGGGAAGUGAUUCGGGGAUGAGUGGAAUUGGAUUCGCGUGUGAAUAUUUUUGUUUCAAUAUCCCUAUUUUCAAAUCCAAAUUAUAAACAAAUCAUGUCUCGUUUUUCAGAAAUUUCAUACCCCUCGGAGUCUUCAUUUCGAAUAAACUAUAAUAAAGUUACAUGCGAAUCUACGGAGUAUCUCUACUCUGUCGCUAUGGCGAUAAAAUUUUUUUCCAUUUUUACGUCAAAGCAUUCGCCGUCGCGAAUUACAAACGGUCGCUGCGAUGAACUUCAAAAGAGAAUUUCAAUAUGCGUUGUAAAAAAUACAUCGGAAGAAUUUUAUUUCCAUUACCUGCGAUCUAUCGCUUUAAUAUCAAUCAGCCCAUAGGUAACGGUCGCCGGUAUGAAAUAAUUCCUUGCCGCAAAUAAAAUUCCCAAAAAGGUAAAGAUAAUUCAGCCGCAGUCGCUGAACCGGCAACAAGUUUGAAAAUUUGACAAUCCCCAAAAUGUCGUGGAUUAUUGUUUCAGGUAUAAUUCUGAUUACAUGAAUACCAAAAAUGUAUGAAUGCACAGGAUGUUCCCGUGAGGCGUCGGGUUCCCGGAUUAUUGAAGUCCGAAUAUUAAUUUUAAAGUAGUACCUGUAGGUUUACCCUCGAGUACGUGGAAUUUAAUGAAUGGAAAGAAAGUCCGACACCUGGGGACUCGGGGCGGCGGAAUUGGGAAUUUUCUAUACAUAUUACCUACCUGCCCCCUAAUACCCAUACUUUGGAAGUGGCAAUUACUAGCGUUGUUCUUAAAUUAUAACACGGCUGAAAACGCAACAGUUCCCGCGUACGGAAAAAUCGGUUGUAAAAUACCAACGAUUGUGAUCUAGUCGAAUUUCAAAUAUUGGAAGGAGAAAUUUUAUUAUAUCUACCGAUCCGCGAUCGCAUCUGUUAGGAAAAUUAAUUUUUUCAACGGAAGCGUGCAGAGCCAUCGGGAUAAAUAAAGUUAAAAAAUCAUCGUUGAUACUGUUGAUUUUGUAGCUUCCCCUGCCACGGAAAUAUCAAUUGUAGAAUAAACUUAGAUUUAUAACGUUGCGAAAACUUUUUAUUCAAAAUUGAAUAAACGUUAUGAAAUUCAUCGCAAAAUAUCGGUAAUUAAAUCUGUUACGACGCACGCGGAAGUUCAUGUUCAAAUAGUAUCCCGUGUAAUUUCAACUUCGUUCGCAAUUUUGUCGCUUUUGAAAUCUCAUUUCCUACCCCCCCCCUCCCAAAAACUGUUAUGGUCAGCAGGUGCUAUUCGGGUGGUCGGGUACCCUUAACCCACGGAAUAUUCCCCAUCCAACCCGAUUGGUCAAAUUAGUUGGGGCGGUGUCGACACCGAACCCCCGUGACCGGCUAUAUAAUCCGGAGCCUUGACCUAAAGACAUUUAAUGUCAAAUUUAUCGCCAUUGAACGUACAUCGCCGAACCGCGAACAACACCGAACAGUUUACCUCGAUGAAAUCGAGAUCAAGUUUUUGAUUCGAUUUUUGUGACAACGGCAACAAUUUUAAAUUUGUCGGAUUAAUUUUUCUGAAAUAAAGUGACGAGUGAAAUGUACACAGUUCCUUGGAUUAUUAACAACAUGAUUUUGGAGCCGACGGACGUUACCGUAAGUUCCAAUGAUCAUUUGGAUGAAAAUAGAACGACAAUUAUUUUUGUCCACCGAAUGGAAGUAAAUUUGAUCGGAAUAAUAAAUUGUACGAUUGGUUUGUUUUUUGUUAUUUUUUCAGAAAUCGAGACAACCUAGCGAGGUAGAACUCAGAGUUCAAAAAUCGCUGCAGAAACUCACAGUCCCGGAUUGGUACACGAAUAAAUGCAGAGCUUCGCCAAAAAUUAUCGCCGAUAGACGACCGAUCGAAACUCGACCACCGCCGUGGAGAGACAACGCGCGAAAAAAUGCAGCCUCGAAAAAUGUCGAGAAAAACGCAGCGCCUCAUCCAGUUUCCGCUAAACGAGGAAUAACCGCUCAAUUGGAGCUCGAAGAAUACAGAGAAGUGCUGAAAACUGCAACGAACUUAAUGCCGUCCGGGCCUACGGGAAUCAGCAAGACUUUUCCGAAAAUAUCACCAUCGAGAAAAAUACAAAAUAUAAACAUCGUCUUCCAAACGCCAAAUUGCGAGGAACCGACGAACAAUGCUGCUCGUUCCGUCGCUGACACGAAAGAAGAAGAGGAAGAAGAGGAAAUAAAAUCAGAAACGAGCUAUUACGAUCGUACCUUUGAUAAGAGUAUGAUCAGCAUCGAUUCCCUCGAUGAAUUUACUCCUCGGAAAAUGUCGACUCUCGAAAAUCGAACGAUCUCCGCAACGGCCAGCACCCCUAUCAAAACCUCAGGGGCGAGUGCGUGGACCCCUGAAAAAAUGUCGAAAUCACCAAGAAUGAAUUGCCCGCCUCCUGCCGUACCGACGACUCCAAAAACCAAGUUUGAUAUCGGCGAGGAAGAGCUAACGCAAAAUUUUGUAAAAGAAGAAACUUUUUUCUCCACACCGAAUAAGAAAUUUUCUUCCAGCGAAAAGGCUCUUUGUAUUCCAGCGAGCAAAACCGGGAAUAAAUUAUCGUUGACCCCGCGGAAAGCGGGUAACAUUUAUCUUCCAUCUACGCCACCGUCGAAAAUCACAACGAAUAAUGAAAAAAAUGAUCCCGAAGAAAGCUUUACCGAGGAGAAAUUAUUCACUACACCAAAAAAAUCAACGGAGAUGGAAAAUAUAAUUAAGAAUCAACAGAAACGAUCUUUGAACAAAAGUUUCGUCGACGGAAUAAUCCAGGAAUUGAACGCGAAGUGCGUCGCGAAGAUAAAGCCAAACAAUCAAAUUCCAUCACCGAAUUCACAGAACUUCGUUAAAAAACUCGUUCGCGCUCUCGAGACGGGUUGUAUUUUCAAAAAUAAUCAACGCCGCGACGAUCGCGGGGAAAUAUUGUCGGGGAGUUCGAGCGACGCCGAUUUAAAAUCUGGACCUUCGUCCGCCUCGAUAUCUAUCAAAGAUUCCGACAGCGGAAGCGGUAGCGAUUCGGAAAUUAAAUCACCGAUUUCACAGAGCAGCGGAGACAGUACUUUCCAGAGUUUUUCGAAGGCUUUGGAAGACUGUGGAAAAAUGUCGAGGGAAUCGAUAACGCCCUACGUCGAUGCGGAGGACGAAUCGGUCUACUGGAUUCCAUUGCCAACUUGCAAAUUACCCCGUACAAGUUCGCUGAAAAAUAUGAUGUCGAGAUUGUCGUCGGGAGAUCAUCGUCGGGGCGACAGGUCGUCGCCAACUUAUUCCUCGGUCCGAAGCGUCACCGACGACUCUUUGGCUGACGAUUUUCCCCCGACGUCGCAACGGACAGUUCCGCCGACGACCAAUUCGAACGAUCAAACAUCAAUUUGUGGUUGGGGUAAAACGUUCAACAAAAGAUCGGUGCGUUCCCGGCAAUUGUUCAGGAUCGACGAAACGACCGUUCUCGAUUCUGGGUAUUCCGAUAGAUCUGAAACAAGUUCAUCGAUUUCGUCGGUCGUCGACGAUUACUGGUACGAAGAUUUCGAGACGACUCAGACCGCCAGUGAAAUGAAUGAAGAUUCCGUAGAGCAUCGUUCCGAUCACGCGGCAAAUCCUCAGAGAAAUAUGCAGCGGUUCUACAGUCAACGCGUCUCGGUUAUUUAAACUUUGCGAUUGGAAAAUUAUUAUUUAAGAGAUGACGUACCGCUGAACAAGUUUAUGAAACUUUGUUCAAUGGAAUUUAGAUAAAUAAUACGAUCAUAUGAUAACAAUGAUGAAAAGUAAUGAUUCGUAUUUCGCACGAUGCGAACACCCCAGUCGCUGGCUACCGUUUCGAAAGAAACGGUCAACGUCAGAGACGUAUAACAGUUUAUGAAACGAAAUUUUCUGACAAAAUUUGGGUGACUCACUCAAUGAUUAAUGUACAACGUAUGCACUAAAUAUGAUUGAUGUAGAGCUCAGCUGUCAAUUUUUAUAC